AUGAAUCAAAUAACAUGGUUAUCUGUAUUACAUUCCAAGGAAUACUUUAUACUCAUACUAAGUUUCAUUACUUUUAUUCCUUCAUUUGUAUCAGUAAAUGAAAUACAUGAGUUAAAUAGACAAACGAAUGAUUAUCCAUCCAUUGAGAAAAUAUUCUCCAAAGUUAAAGAAGCUGAACAAAUUAAUUUAUUGAAUAAUGAAAAGAUUAAAGUAGAACCUGAUCAAUUAAUUGUAGCCCCAAUGAGAUUUAGUCGUCUACGACGUUAUUUUAGACAUCAAAAACGUAUGAUGAGAGCACAACUUAGAAUGAUGAGACUUCAAAGAAGAUUGUACCGUCGACAUUAUCGUCCUCGAUAUGGAUAUGGUUAUUUUCCAUAA